GAGCAACCGACCGGUUUGCUUCUGUUGAAUGUUUAUGGGAACAUAAUGAAGGUAGUGAAUCAUUUGUGUUCAUAGUAACUUUUUUAUUUUAUUUUAAUAAGUUUAACAUAGUGAAGAGUAGAAUUAUACAUUCGUGGAAAGCCCCACCUAAAGAGUUCCAGAAGACUACCCUGGAUACUCCUCACAUACUAGCACACACAUUUACACAAAACAAACAUAACAGGACACCAGCAUCUGUGACUGUACGCAUGGACUGGCUUCUGCUACUGACCUUACAGGAGACUCAGGAUGGAGGCCUCCUGUCUGGAUCUAGCACUUGAGGGGGAACGUCUGUGUAAGGAGGGUGAUUACAGUGCAGGAAUACCAUUCUUCCAGGCAGCCCUGCAGGUGGGGACAGAGGAUCUCUUGGUGCUGAGUGCCAUCUAUAGUCAGUUAGGCAAUGCCUACUUCCACCUGUAUGACCACACCAAAGCUUUGGAGUACCACCACCAUGACCUAAAUUUAAACAGAAUGACAGGGGAUCUGCCUGGUGAAGCCAAAGCAAGUGGCAACCUAGGGAACACUCUAAAGGUGUUGGGCCGCUUUGAUGAAGCAAUAAUCUUCUGCCAGAGGCAUCUGGACAUCUGUAUAGAUGUUGGAGACAAGGUGGGACAAGCCAGAGCUCUGUAUAACUUUGGGAAUGUGUACCAUGCUAAGGGAAAGAGUGUCUGUAGCAAUGAUUCAGAACCUGGAAACGUCGCAGAACAAGUCACCACAGCACUUAAAAAAGCAGCAGACUAUUACGAGGAGAAUUUGAGUAUUCUGAAGGAACUAGGAGAUCGAGUGGCUCAGGGCCGCACCUAUGGAAACCUGGGAAACACACACUAUCUGCUCAGCAAUUUCCGCAAUGCUGUGAAAUCCCACCAACAGCGGCUCCUCAUUGCAAAGGAGUUUGGUGAUCUGGCAGCAGAACGAAGGGCCUACUGUAACCUUGGAAAUGCCUUCAUUUUUCUGGGAGAGUUUGAGAAGGCUGCUGAGCAUUACAAGAGAGCUCUUCAUUUGGCGAGGCAGCUGAGGGAUCAGGCAGUGGAGGCUCAGGCCUGCUACAGCCUAGGAAGCACCUACACUCUACUGCAGGAUUAUGAAAGAGCUAUAGACUAUCACCUCAAACACCUCAUCAUUGCCCAGGACCUUGGUGACAGGGUUGGUGAAGGCCGUGCCUGCUGGAGUUUGGGUAAUGCACACACAGCCCUCGGGAAUCAUGAUCAGGCCAUUCACUUUGCAGAAAGACAUCUGGAAAUCUCUAACGAGACAGGUGACCGCUGUGGUGAACUGACGGCCCGUAUGAAUGUGUCUGACCUUCAGACUGUCCUUGGCCUCAGUUACAGUACAAACAAUUCUGUAUUGUCAGAGACCAAAGAGAUUGAUUAUAACCUUCAUGGAGCCAAACGCAGGAUGAGCAGACGCUACAGCAUGGAGAAUUUGGAUUUGAUGACACUUACACCAGAACAGCUUAAAUGUCAGAAGUGGGCCAAUGAAGUACUAUGUACACAGUCAAAGACAAAAUCCACCUCGAAAUUCUUCUUUAUGAACCGUCUGCAAGGGAAGAAGAACCGCUUCAUUAAAGUUUUGCAGGACACCAGCAACACUCUGAAGAUCUCUCAGAAGCAGCCUGCUCAGAAAUGCAAGAGUGUGGACAAAUUGGGUGACGAAAGCUUCCUUGACCUGCUGUGUCGUUUCCAAGGCAACAGAAUGGAUGACCAGCGCUGCUCUAUUCAAAAGGAGCUAGGCGGCCAGUCCACUGCUGCCUCUAACCCCUCCUCUUCAUGUUCAUCUUUGCCCAAAAAUCUGAAAAAAUCUUUAUCAGAAUCUGCAGUAUCACAAGGCCAGGACGCAUUUCUAGGAGCCUUGGUUGCUGCGCAGAGUCGGAGGGUAGAGGAUCAGAGGGCUGUAGGAAGUGUGCCUGUUUUGUGCAAUAGCACCAGGCAAACGACCCUCAGCCAGCUCAUGGCUAAUGCUGACACCUCUGAACCCGAUGACCAUUUCUUUGACAUGUUGGAGAAGAGCCAGAGUUCUCGUUUAAAUGAUCAGAGGUGUGCCCCCCCUCCUGUCUGUCAUGGACGCACUAUCCCUGAUGAGGACUUCUUCAGUCUCAUUGUCCGCUCUCAGGCCAGGAGGAUGAAUGAACAAAGAGUCAUGCUGCCAUCUAUCAACUGAACAAUAUACAAGUUUUUGUUUUGUUUUGUUUUGUCCAGUUUUCUCUCUAACCAUUCCUGCAUAAUAACAUAAAAUAUCUAAUAAAAGAUUCUAAACAAAAUGUAGGUUGUGUUCAAGCACCGCUACAAACCUGCACAAAACAGUGAUGCACAUUACGUUGCCCAUAGUAAUAAUAUUGAUCCUUCAGGAAAGUUCCUGGAAUUCUGGAAAUACAUUUUAUUUACCACCAAAAAGGGACAUCCACAACAUAGAGUUGUUUCAGCCAUUUGAUAUCAGACAACACUUGGCAUAAGAAACACAUAUUUCAAGAACAUGUUCUUUUUUUUAGUAUGUGUAUAUUUUAUUGAAUAAAAAAAACACUGUGUAUUUUUUUACAGUUUUGUUUGUAGUUUUAAAGCUGAGCUUACAAGAAGACAUUAUUUUAUGUACUAGAAGAUUUUUUCAGGAAAUGUCCAGAGAUGCUAAUCAGCACUUUCAAAUCAGAUAACAAUUAUUGAAUUUAUUAUUUGUCUCAUAAAUAGUAAAUAAUUGGAGGAUUGUGCAUAUUAACACAUGUAUGUCAGGCUUUUCAGUUCUCAAAAGUAAACUGCUAAGCAACAUAAAGCUUAUACUCUGGAUUUUACCUUAUUGUGUAUAUACAAUAUUAAUGCAAAUGUGCCAGUGUGCAUACAUGGCUCAAACACCUUAUUGAGAAUAUUGCAUAGGGGAAAGUUCAUAUAGGAUUAUUUGAGGUUUUUCUUCACUCAUUGGUUUUGAAUUUAAUGUAACUGAUGAUAUUAAUUCACUGUUUGUGUUUAUUUUUAAGGUGCAUUUUCAAUUAGAGGUAUUAUGUAGAUGUAUAGGGAAAAAAUGCUGAUUUUGAAAUAGCUAUCGCCAUCAUAAAUGUUUCCAAUUUCAUAAACUAAAGCAUUGCAUUGGUGUGGUGUUCUUUUUUUUUUUUUUUAGUGUGUCUUGUAGUAAUGUUAGGAUAAUUUGUGUAUUAUAAUCAUUCUUUUAGUGAUGCAUUACCUCAAGAAGGAAUUGUUCCAUCAAAUAAAAUGCAAUACAAUUCAACAAA